AUGGCGAAAUCGAGCGCAGACGACCAGGAGCUGAGGCGAGCCUGCGAGGCCGCCAUCGAAGGGACCAAGCAGAGCGUCGUGAUGUCGAUCCGUGUGGCCAAGAGCCGAGGGAUCUGGGGAAAAACGCACAAGCUAGGCCGUGACAUGGCGAAACCUAGGGUUCUCGCUCUUUCCGUAAAAUCCAAAGGCCAGAAGACUAAAGCCUUUCUUCGAGUCUUAAAAUAUUCCACUGGAGGAGUCCUUGAGCCUGCAAAGUUAUACAAGCUAAAGCAUCUUUCAAAGGUGGAGGUUUUAACAAACGACCCUAGUGGGUGUACUUUUACUCUGGGUUUUGAUAAUCUUAGGAGCCAGAGUGUUGCUCCUCCUCAAUGGACCAUGCGAAAUAUUGAUGACAGGAACCGCCUUUUACUAUGUAUUUUGAACAUAUGCAAAGAUGCCCUGGGUCACCUUCCUAAAGUUGUUGGUAUAGAUGUCGUGGAGAUGGCUCUUUGGGCUAAGGAAAAUACACCAGCAGUCACUAAUCAAGGCGAUAUGCAAGAGGGUCCUGCUGCAUCAACAGUAACUGAACGUGACUUAAAAGUCACUGUAGAAAAAGAACUUGUCUCCCAAGCUGAGGAAGAGGAUAUGGAGGCACUUUUGGGAACUUAUGUCAUGGGUAUUGGUGAAGCAGAAGCAUUUUCUGAAAGGUUGAAGAGAGAGCUUCUUGCUUUGGAAGCAGCAAAUGUGCAUGCCAUUUUGGAAAGUGAACCUUUGAUUGAUGAGGUCCUGCAAGGGCUUGAGGCAGCAACGAAUUGUGUCGAUGACAUGGACGAAUGGUUAGGCAUCUUCAAUGUGAAACUCAGACACAUGAGAGAAGACAUCGAAUCGAUAGAAACCCGCAAUAACAAGUUGGAGAUGCAAUCUGUAAAUAAUAGAGCACUCAUUGAGGAACUUGAUAAGCUUCUUCUAGGUUUGCGUGUUCCUUCUGAGUAUGCAGCAUGCUUGACAGGAGGCUUAUUUGAUGAGGCACGUAUGCUUCAAAAUGUAGAAGCAUGUGAGUGGUUAGCUGGUGCUUUACGCAGUCUUGAAGUACCUAAUUUGGAUCCAAUCUAUGCAAACAUGCGAGCUGUUAAAGAGAAGCGAGCUGAACUUGAAAAAUUGAAAUCUACAUUUGUCAGAAGAGCUUCUGAGUUCUUGCGAAAUUACUUUUCUAGUUUGGUGGAGUUCAUGAUAAGCGACAAGAGCUAUUUUUCUCAGCGGGGGCAACUGAAAAGGCCUGAUCAUGCUGAUCUGCGGUACAAAUGCCGAACAUAUGCUCGCCUUCUGCAACAUUUAAAGAGUCUUGAUAAGAAUUGCCUGGGUCCUUUGAGGAAAGCAUAUUGUGACUCCCUCAACUUGCUUCUUCGUCGGGAGGCUCGUGAAUUUGCAAAUGAGCUUCGUGCUAGUACAAAGGCAUCAAGAAAUCCAACUGUCUGGCUUGAAGCUUCUGCUGGGUCUGGUCAAAAUGUGAAUGCUGCAGACACUUCUACUGUUUCUGAAGCUUAUGCCAAGAUGCUUACGAUUUUUAUCCCACUCCUUGUAGAUGAGAGUUCUUUCUUUGCACAUUUUAUGUGCUUUGAAGUUCCUGCACUUGUUCCUCCAGGAGGUACUGCUAAUGGAGAUAAAUCUGAUGACACCAAUGACGAUGAUUUGGGAAUCAUGGACAUUGAUGACAAUGACAGCAAAGCUGGUAAAAAUUCAGGAGAGCUUGCAGCAUUGAAUGAAUCUCUUCAGAAUUUACUCGAUGGAAUCCAAGAAGACUUUUAUGCUGUGGUGGAUUGGGCAUACAAAAUUGACCCCUUACGCUGCAUAUCAAUGCAUGGGAUUACGGAGCGGUAUCUUUCUGGUCAGAAAGCUGAUGCGGCAGGAUUUGUGCGUCUCUUGCUUGGUGAUCUGGAGUCAAGAAUUUCUAUGCAAUUCAGUCGUUUUGUUGAUGAAGCUUGCCACCAGAUUGAAAGAAACGAACGCAAUGUUAGGCAAAUGGGUGUCUUAUCAUACAUCCCUAGAUUUGCAACUCUGGCAACGAGAAUGGAACAGUACAUCCAGGGGCAAUCUAGGGAUUUGGUUGAUCAAGCAUACACUAAAUUUGUUAGCAUAAUGUUUGUGACUUUGGAGAAAAUUGCACAAACAGAGCCAAAAUAUGCUGAUCUUUUUCUAUUAGAGAACUAUGCUGCAUUUCAGAAUAGUUUGUAUGACCUAGCAAAUGUUGUGCCCACAUUGGCCAAAUUUUAUCACCAGGCGAGUGAAGCUUAUGAACAAGCUUGCACACGCCAUAUCAGCAUGAUCAUUUACUAUCAAUUUGAACGUCUUUUCCAGUUUGCUCGAAGAAUAGAGGAUUUGAUGUAUACAAUUCCACCAGAAGAGAUCCCUUUCCAGCUUGGGUUGGCAAAGAUGGAUCUGCGGAAGAUGUUAAAAUCAAGUUUAUCUGGGCUUGACAAGUCCAUCACUGCAAUGUACAAGAAGUUGCAGAAAAACAUGACUUCUGAAGAACUGUUGCCAUCCUUAUGGGAUAAAUGCAAGAAGGAGUUCCUUGACAAGUAUGAAAGUUUUGCUCAACUCGUUGCCAAGAUUUACCCAACGGAGACCAUUCCAACUGUAGUAGAAAUGAGAGAUCUUUUGGCAUCCAUGUAA